AACUCUGAGAAACCCCGCCAUUAUUCCUAACGGCUUUCUUUCAAGAAAACACAGGCAGAGGGAGAGAUUCAGAGAGAGAGAGUGAGUGAGGGAGAGAUUCAGAGAGAGAGACUGCUAUAUAUAUUGUUGGGGGCCAUAGCCUCUGCUUAUAAAUACUUUGAUCUCUCACUUUUCAAUUCAUCAGCCCCUUCUUAAAUCAAGAACCCUCAUUCUUGACUUCCCACCUUCUUCUCUCAUUCAUCUCUCUUUCAUUAACAUUAUCCCCCAUUCCUCUCUGUGAUCAUCUUUCAAGAAUUUCUUGGAAUUUAAUUAUCUGCUCACACUGAUCAUAUCCAUUUCUAGGCUUCUUUUCUUGCUCGUUUUCAAGAAAAAUUUGGAGGGGUUUCAGACUUUUAGUGUUCUUGAAAAGGCAGUUGAUGCAGGAUGCCUUUCUCGUUGGGAAAAGUUGUAAAAACAGGUUGGAGAUCGGUAAAGAAGCGAUUGUCACGAAAGAACAGGGAUUCGAGUAGAAGGACUAGGGGAAACGAGGGAAGUAGUCAAUGCACGUCGAGUAGUAGGAGUAGCCAUAAACGCGACGGGGAUGAUGAUGAGGAUGAUGACCCUAAUGCUCCUCCAGACCCUCUUAUGUGGAGCAAAGAUCUUGAAAAGCACUUUUAUGGCGACUUCUCGUUUGCAAUGGUACAAGGUAAUGGGGAGAUGGAGGAUUUUGGUCAGGUUGAGACCGGAGCUAAUGCCACUUUUGUUGGAGUUUAUGAUGGUCAUGGUGGCACUAUGGUUUCCCACUACGUUCGUGAUCAACUGUUUCAAAAUCUCAUCAAUUCUGUUCAGGAGAAUCGGACAAUGUCAGAAGCCAACCUCUACAAUGCAUUCGCAGCCACUGAAGAAGGAUUUCUCUCUAUUGUAAAUGCGUCAUUUGAAAAUGAACCCAUGAUAGCAGCCGUUGGAUCCUGUUGUUUGGUUGGACUUAUAUGGAAUGAGAGACUAUAUGUUGCUAAUCUUGGUGAUUCUAGAGCUGUUAAGGGCUAUCUUACGAGAUCUAAUAGAAUUUCUGCAGAACAGUUGACAAGUGAUCAUAAUGCUAGGAGGAAGGCGAUUAGAAGAGAAUUGAGGUCGAGUCACCCUGGUGAUCGCAGCAUCGUUAUUAAGAAACAAGGGAUGUGGCGCGUAAAAGGACUCAUUCAGGUAUCUAGGGCAUUUGGUGAUGCGUACUUGAAGAAACCUGAAUAUGCACUUGAUGCAAGAUUUGUGCGUUUCCACCUUCGUGAACCUAUUAAACAGCCAGUGCUAAGAGCGGAUCCAUCUGUGUACACGAGAAAUUUGAGACCUUCUGACAGAUUUCUGAUAUUUGCAUCUGAUGGACUUUGGGAACAUGUGUCAAAUCAACGUGCAGUAGAGAUUGUCCACAAGAAUCCCAGAGCAGGUAUUGCCAGAAGACUUCUGAGAGCAGCUUUAAACGAAGCAGCUAAGAAAGGUAAGACGAGAUAUGAUGACCUAAAGAAACUUGCAAAGGGGGUCAGGCGUAGGUAUCAUGAUGAUAUCACCGUAGUUGUGAUCUUUAUUGAUAAUGAAUGGCUGGAGCAGAAGGCUGAUGUACCUCCGAUGUCUGUACUAGGGGGCAUUGACCACAUGGGAGAAUCAAUGUUCAACAUACUGGGAGGCGCUAUUUUACCAAAUGCUUAGAGAUCUGUUAACUGAAAUUACUUCACUGAGCUGAACUGUUCUACUAUUCUUCUUAGGAGCACUGGCCACCAUGGCCAGCGAAUGUUCAUUCUGGAAACUUCUGAUAGUCGUGAGACUCAUUUAAAUCUUGUUAUUUUGAAACUGUGGUAUGAAUAUCAAUAUAUGUCAAUU